UAGCAUUGAGUAAUAAGCAUAAUUAACUUUACUUCAUUAUUCAACAUUUAUGUUAAAAUCUAAAAAUAUGUUUUAUUGCGAAACAACAAACAUUCAAUAUUGUUGACGUUAACGUAAUGUUCAAUGUAAAAAAAAAAAUUACGUAAGAUUUAUAUUAUUAUCAAUCGUGCAUUUUACGUAAUCGAAGAAUAAUAACACGGCAACGCAUUUUUUAAAAUGAACUCUUUUCGAAGAAAUGUAUGUGUGUCAAAUAGUCUUAUUUGUUUGCUUUUACUAUUGGAUAUUCAUGAAUAUUCCACAGUGGAGUGCAUAAAAUUAGGAAAAAGCGUAAAACUCAACAAAGCUGAAGUGAAUGCCGCGGGCAAGACCUUACUGAUCUCUAAAGAAAAAAUUGACAAGCGAUUGAAAGACAAGGAAACCCCAAGGAAAACGAUAAGAACACUUUUACUGUCAGCCGUAUGUACAGCGUGCAAGAAAAAGAACAACACCUGCCUUCGUCGUCUGGCGUGCUCUUCACAGCCAGGGAUCUAGUUUCCUAGCUUAUCUCUUGAAAACAUAGUGGCUUUGUUCAUUCAUUCUAUGAAAUAUUUUACAAACGAUGUAUAAUAUAUUUCAACUAAAAUGUAAAUAUGUUGGUUGUAUAUCAAUUACGUACAUUUUAAAGUUUGUCAGGUCUAUUAAUUUGAAUACUUUUUUUCAAAAUGCUACUUUAUUUCACGAAGUGCCAUGCUUAUACAAAGAGACACAAGAUGAUAUCAUAACACGCUUAAGUUCUAAAUAAAAUUUCAGUGGA